AUGGGUGGUAAAUCUACAGUCACUCUCUCUAUAGAGGGAAUGACUUGUGGAGCAUGUGUAGCAUCGAUUACAUCGUCACUAGAGGGAAUGAACGGCAUUGAGUCGGCAUCUGUUUCAUUGAUUACUGAACGGGCUGUGGUUAUUUUCGAUAAACUUGUUACUGAUGAUAAGAGUAUUAAGGAGAAGAUCGAAGAUUGUGGGUUUGAUGCCAAGAUCUUGGAUGUUGAAGAAGACAGUGAAGAUAGCCACAAUACUGACUUUAGUCCCAACGGUGAGUCAAGCCAGGCUCUUCUAAAUUCUAGCGACAACUCUGAGUCUUUAGGUAGGGAGCGGGGGGCUUUAACCCCUACGGUGGCUGCUACGGAGCAUGUCAAGCUAAAAGUGUUUGGUAUGACUUGUUCAGCAUGUAGCUCAUCCAUCGAGAAUGCUUUGUCGCAGGUUAAUGGAGUCAAAUCGGCUACGGUUUCUCUGACUACUGAAGAAGCUAGGAUAGCUUAUGAUCCCAAUAUUGUCCUGGGUCCUAGAGUCCUUAUUUCUGCUAUAGAGGAUAUUGGGUUUGACGCUAUUCUCGCUCAGUCUGCCGACAAUACAUCGCAGAUUCAAGCAUUAGCAAGAGUCAAGGAAAUAAAACAGUACUUCCGACAUACUAUUAUAUGCGUUUGUCUGUCUAUACCAGUUGUCAUCAUCACCAAGCUUGUACCCAACACGCUACCUUUUUUAGCAUUUUUAAAGACCCCUGUUACGCCACACCUUGCAUUAUACUGGGAUGAUUUGAUCAACUUCAUCCUCACUUUCUACAUUCAAUUUGGAAUCGGUAAAAAGUUUUAUAAACAUGCUUAUAAAGCUAUGAAGAACGGGGCUCCUAAUAUGGAUGUGCUUGUAGCCAUGUCGACGACUUGCUCAUAUGUGUUUUCAUUAAUCUCCUGUAUCUAUGCAUUAGUCACGAGAAGUGACAAACAUCCUGCUACUCUGUGGGAAACAUCAGCAAUGAUUUUCACUUUCGUUGUGUUUGGUAAAUAUCUCGAAAGUCGUGCAAAGGGCCAAACUUCAGUUGCUCUAUCAAGACUGAUUUCUUUAGUUCCUUCGUCUGCUGUUAUUUAUGAAGAGCCUGAACAAUAUUACAAGUCACUGAAACAGAUGGAAGGAACGCCCACUGUCUUACUUAGAGAGAAGCAUAUCUCUACGGAUCUCUUACAGCCUGGGGAUGUGGUAAUUAUCAAACCGGGAGAAAUGGUUCCAGCAGACGGAAUUGUUUUAACAGGAAGCUCAUACAUUUCGGAAGCACUAAUCACUGGAGAGUCAUACCCAGUGUUGAAAGGUGUUGGAAAUCCAGUUAUUGGAGGAAGCGUCAAUGGCCGUGGCAAACUGGAGUGCAAGGUCACUAGAGCAGGUCAAAACACCAAGCUGUCUCAGAUUGUGAGACUAGUUCAAGAUGCCCAAAUCAACAAGGCACCAGUUCAGAGAUAUGCUGAUUGGGCUGCUGGAUACUUUGUACCUACAGUAUUGAUACUCGCAUUAAGCACUUUUGCUGUAUGGAUGAUUAUUGCUCAUUUGUUUGAGUCUAUCCGCCCAGCAGUCUUCAACAGUGAAGAAGGCCCAUUCAUGGUUUGUCUGAGAUUAUGCAUUUCUGUGAUUGUUAUUGCAUGCCCUUGUGCUCUGGGUUUAGCUACCCCGACUGCUGUAAUGGUCGCUACGGGUGUAGGUGCUGAGCAUGGUAUUCUCAUCAAGGGUGGCAGCGCUUUGGAAGUAGGCAACAAGAUUGACACAGUUCUUUUCGACAAGACUGGAACACUCACUUAUGGUAGAAUGUCUGUCAGCUCGUGCCAGAUAGUGGGUGAGACCCUUUCCGAGCAUCUAUUUUGGUUAAUUGUUGGAUCUGCUGAACAAGGAAGUGAGCACCCGAUUGCUAAGUCAUUGUUAUAUCAUGCCAAAAGGGUAUGUGGCUUGGAUGAAGAUGUUAGUUUUAACAGCAUCGUUGAAGAUUUCACUGCUUUUGUCGGAGAAGGUGUGCGAGCAACGGUUAAACUCAAUUCUGACGUCUCACAUGAUGUUAUUAUCGGCAGUGCUGCUAUGCUUUCCCGGUUGAAUAUCGAGGGUGUUCCCGGCAUUCACAGUGACAAGAAUCAGCCGUCAGAUGAUCUUGUGAUUGAUGAGAUCUGCGACACUCUAGCUUUGGUGGCAAUUGAUGGCCAAUAUGCCGGUCUUGUGCAGCUGAGCGACCCCAUCAAACCUGAGGCAGCUGAGGCAGUCAGUGCUCUUAAAGCCCUUGGUUUCGAGGUUGGCAUGGUCAGCGGUGAUAACUCACAAGUAGCUGCUAAGGUUGGCGAAGCUGUAGGCAUCUCUCCCUCGCUAAUAUUUUCUGGUGUUUCACCUGCUGGUAAAAUUGAGAUUAUUCGACGACUUCAAGGUGACCUAAUUGAAGGUGACGAAUUUGAGGCUGAUCCCAAUACCGAAUCGUACAAGCUUCUGUCUGCGUCUUCAUCUCGUAGAUAUAUCGCUAUGGUUGGAGAUGGAAUAAAUGACUCUCCCGCUUUAGCGUCGGCUUCUCUCGGUAUUGCCAUGGUGGGUGCUACAGAUGUGGCGAUUGAGGCUGCUGAUGUUGUGCUUUUAAGAGAAAAUGCUUUGCUGGAUAUCGCAGCUGCGUUUGAUUUAAGCCGAAGAGCUUAUAGUCGGAUCAAAUUCAACUUGGUGGCCGCCCUUAUUUAUAACGUCGUUAUGAUUCCGUUCGCUAUGGGUAUAUUCCUUCCAUUUGGGAUGAUGAUUAGCCCAAUGAUGGCUAGUGCUGCUAUGGCAAUGAGUAGCGUCAGUGUACUUUUAUCCUCCUUGCUGUUACAAACAUGGCGACCACCUAAAUGGAUUUCUAAUGGGUCACAGGAAGUCGUCUAUGGACAAAUGCAGGAAAUGGGUAUUGAGACCGGGGAUGCCCAAUCACAUCGUUCCUGGUUUAGUCGACUAUUCCACAAGUCCUCUAAGACCUCUAGAGAGUAUUCAGCUCUCAGAGAUAUGUAA